GCGGACAGCAGCGCCGCCCUGCUCUCGGUGCACCUCGGCGCAGGCGACGGCGCCCACACAGAGGAGGGGGUCGCCCACCUCGACCUGCGGGUGGCCCUCGGCGCCGGCGCUUCCGAGCUGCUCGCCGCGCUGGAGCUCAACGCCAGCAGGCCCACCGGCGAGCUCGCCGUGCGCCUCGAGCUCUCCCGCUCUGGCGACCCGCUGCUGCUCCUGGAGGGCAGCGGCUCCGCGGAGGGCAGCACCAUCGACGACUUCUCCGCGAACGUGUCAGGCCACCUCCGCGUCGGCCACGGCGCGCCGGAGAAUGCCACGGGCUGGGGGCCGGCCUCGCCCGAGGCGGCAGGCGUGGGCGCGCAGACCACCACGACGGCCGGCAGCCCGCUCUCCACGACCGAGGCGCCUGAGGACUUCCAGGUCACAACAGAGGCGCUGGACGCUGCGGGCGCGGAGCAGGCCACGACCGAGGCCCUCCAGGAGGACUCCUGGGGGCCGGACGAGCGCCUCUGGGCACCCGGCGAAGCGCCGGACGAGGCCGACGCAUCGGCAAGCUGGCCGCAACCUCAGAUGUUCUCCCUGGCCGCCUGGUCGUCCAACGGCUCGGCUGCGGCUUCCGCCUCGGUCCAUGGGGCGCACGCGCACGUCACGCUGGACCUCGCCAGGGAAGGCCCCGCGCCGUGGUUCUCCCUCAACGCGACGGCCGCGGCUGAGGGUGUCGAGGCUUCGUUGGCCGCCGCGGGAAACCUCGGCGAGCCCGGCGGCUGGGCGCUGGUCAGUGCGAG